GAUCCAGGUUGUUAGAACACAUUAUCAGUUUAAUCAGAAAAGUGUAUUCAUAUUCAGUUACAUCACUGCUAUGGAUGUUGCCAUUUCCCACACUGUCCAAGCAACAUUUUUGACCCUUUUGGCACUCCACACUGCGCCCCGAGCCUGUAGCGCGCGUCGCUUCCAUUAGCGUCAUGACGUCAUGAUUGCUCUCGCAGCUGCCGAGAUUCCCUUGAUGAGAGUGCAUAAAAAGGUGAGAGGAAGCUGAGAGUUGGCCUCCCUUUCACCAACUGCUGUAUCUUUCUGUCUCUCUCUUUCUGUUUUCUUUUCCUGCCUUCAGCCCACCAAGCUUUAUUUCAUUCUUUUUUUUUUUUCCUGAUCUGAAAGCCUGCAUUCACAGCAGAAGAGACGCAUGAGAGAGACACGGACCAUGGUUCAGCUGUUCUCGGUUCGAUCCUCGGACGCCACGGCUCUCUCCGAGUCGACGGAAGAAAGGGAUGGCGGGCUGGAUGGCAGCCCGAGUGCAGGAUCUCCUCACUCGCUCACAGCCCUGCAGCUCGCCCUGAACCCCUCAGCCGCCGUCUACCACGGAUACGAGACCUACAUCGAAGAUGGGCUCAUCUGCCUCAAGCACAAGAUCCGCAACAUCGAGAAAAAGAAGCUCAAGCUGGAAGGCUACCGAAUGCGGCUGGAGAAUGGUGAAACGCUGAAUCAAGACCAAAUGGAUGCGGUAGGGAGGUAUGAAGAAGUGGUUCACAACCUGACGUUUGCCAAAGAGUUACAGAAAACCCUCUGCACUCUCACUCAGGAUCUGUUGAAGGCUCAGAGGAAGGCCAUGCGGCGUGAGCAGGUCCAGAGGGCUGAGGAGGAACAGAGGCGUUUAAGUGUGAUGCUUCAGGUGCAGUACGUCCUCUGCAGCCUCCAGAGACACGACGUUAGGAAAACCUUCAGCACGUGUGAACAUGCUCGCCUCCUGUCUGCACAGGAAGUAGAGAAGCUGCUGAACUUGGCUUCGUUGUUGGCCUGCAAACGGGAUGAGAGCAUGAGAUUAGAGGAUCAGAUGGAACAGGCCUCCCUUGUUUACUUGGACCUACUGGAUGGCAUUGACAAACCAGUUGCUGGCUCAACAUAUAAAUGGCUGAAGGAAAAGCUGCUCAGUCUGGUGGACUCUGGUUUAUUUGAUCGCAUCCCAGAGCCUGAAAAAGACACCAAGAAGAGCGACGAGGAACAGACUCCUGAUGCUUCGUCUACAUCGGGCACGCUACCUGUGGGGGUCGGUUUGAAAUCCGUUGACGUGGCUUCACGGCAGUUUUUAAACAGAUGCUACAUAACGGAGCGGGACCUCACUGGUGAGGAGAUGAAGGUGCAGUCACCAACCUGGAAGUCAGAGUUUUUAGCUAUGAAGGAACAGGAACCACCAGACUCUUGGGAUAUGGAGUUUUCUGAUCCUCCAGCAUCUUCCAAAACAGUGUUACAGAAGCCUUGGAAAGGAGCAACAGGGUUCAUCCCCAAAUCAGUAGUCACUGUGAGGUCUGCUGCUGAGAGCAAACAGAAACGGCAGCUGAAAAAUAAAGGAAGCCAAGGCUCAAAAUCAGAUGGUGAGAUUAAGAAGGCUGUACCUGUGGAGGUCUUUAACUCUCCAUCCUCUCUGGCUAAAGAUCCUGCCUUGCGCAGACAGCAGCUGGAUCACCUGAUGGACCAGAUCACUGGCUCUUUCAGCUUUAUUCAGGACUCUUUGUUGGAUGGAGAAGCCACGCCCGGAAACGGUCGAAGCAGAGCGCUGCGUCUAUCUCCUGGCUCCUCCCCUCUUGCUCUGAGAGAACAGAAGAUGAUCCCAGCAGAUAUCAUGCCACCACCUCAGAAUUCGACUCCUAUUCAUGGCCACCAGCAUUCUGGAGAUGCCCAAAGCCCUCUGUCUAAUGGAGAUCAGCUCACCGACACCUCAGACCUGAAGCUGCACUCUGAAGAUGGACCACACACAGCAAAGCAGCCACUCUCUAAUGGAGAAGUUCCCACGAAUGUUCUGGCACAGACCUUCACCCCUCCACCCAGCAGACGAUCUCUACCUGCAACCAGCACCGCGUCCUUCAGCAGCCUGCACUCCGUGUUUAGCGGCGAGGUUCCUAUGACCAGGAGCUCAGAAGUGAAAACUGGUGAAAGUGGCUUUUUAGGGUCAGUGUGUCUGAGUUACAGUACACCAAGCACGCUAAGCCACUCCACCGCUAGCACACAGACCCCCCCGGAGCUCAGCCUGCCGCAAGACGACCUGCAGAUGGAGAGUGCAUACCUGUCAGAAAGCGACAUCAGUGCAACCAGUCAGGUUUAUUCAUCUCCUGGUCCAAAUUCCGCCCCUCAGUCUCAGUCUAGUCUUGUGCAGCAUUAUUACCCCCGCAGUACGCUCAGAGGUAUGACACAUGGUGCAAGAGGACUCUCUCACUCCUCACUUCGCUCACCUGGGGCUUCUAGAGGUGGCUAUGAGGUGCACAGAGUAAAUAUACGUGCCCCCGGAGGAGGCUUCAGUGCCCACUCCCACCGUGAGCCUGGAUCUGCUCUCUACACCUCCCAGGAAAAUGGGUAUCAGACAAGUCAUAAACGUACUGGAGGCACAGCAGCUCGGAGAAACAGCUCAGUUGCAGGUUGGAGCGACUCCUCCCAGGUGAGCAGCCCAGACCGUGAGGGCACCUACAUAAUCGACUCUGCUCAUGGUGACACUCUGACCAUCACGGCUUCUGGCAUGCCCAUCACUGGCCCUCCUCCUCACGCCCUGAUGCCUGUGUACCCGCAAAUUCGUGUGGCCUUUUCAGCAGCCCGUGCCACCAACUUGGCCCCAGGCACUCUGGACCAGCCCAUUGCCUUCGAUCUUCUCCACAGCAAUUUAGGUGGUGCAUUUGAUGCACCCUCUGGUCACUUUUCCUGUCCGGCAGCAGGCACAUAUGUCUUCUUUUUCCACAUCCUUAAGCUGGCCAUCAGUGUGCCACUUUACGUCAAUCUGAUGCGCAAUGAUGAGGUCGUAGCUUCGGCGUACGCCAACGACGGUGCACCUGACCAUGAGACGGCCAGCAACCACGCUGUCCUGCCUCUGCGUGUCGGCGAUCACAUCUGGCUACGCCUCCACCGUGGCGCCAUCUACGGUAGUAGCUGGAAGUACAGCACCUUCUCAGGCUUCCUGCUCUACCCGGAUUGAGUUUCUGUAAGCACUCCUGUACAGUAGGAUCUGUUGGCUUGCCUGUUAAAUCACACUCUGCACUUUUUUUUCUUUUUUUUUCUUCUCCCCCCUCCAUUCUUUAUCGCACAAAGUAGCAUUAAGUAGAUGUGGCGACAUUUCUCGUCUGCUAAUUCCGAGGCAGGGGUAGGCGUGGAUUUUCCAACAUGCAGACACUGUUAAUUUAGAUGCUGGCUGUUUUCUGGAGCCAUACAUGUUGUAAAGCCAUGUCUGCUAACUGUGCCUUUUCUUUCUGGUUACUGAGCACUUGAAUCGCUUGUAUGAAUGUAGAUUAAACUGAAUACUUGACGAGAUGAGCACUUUAAAAAGGCGGCACUGUGACUGUGUUGUGAAUGACUUGAAUGCUGAUUGCCAAUCAGGCAAACUAACCAAAUGGGUCCCUCUUUGUGCCUGAAUAAAAGAUGAUGUGCAAAUUCA